CAACGACAAACCAGGCCCACGUGCGAUGGCCGCUGCCGCGCGCUCGCGCCUCGCCGGCCUCCGCCUCGACCUCGCCUCCCGCACGGCACCAAACCCUAAGCCCCUCCUCUCCUCCGCCUUCUCCUCCUCGACCAUCUCCGCGCCUCCCGCGGCCGGCCGGGUCCGCGAGGACGAGAGUGGCCUCCUCUCGCGGCGCCUGCUCCGGCUCCGCUUCCGCUCGCCGGCCGGGACCGCCGCGGCUGCCGUCGAGAGAUGGGCCCAGGACCGCGUCCACGUCUCGCAGCCGGAGCUUCGGCGCGCAAUCGGGAUGCUCCGGCGCGAACGUCGCUACGAGCAGGCCCUCGAGAUUUUCUCUUGGAUGGAAUCAUGCAGCUCCCUUCGACUGUCGUCAUGGGAUCAUGCAGCAAGACUGGACUUGAUUGCUAAAGCUUACAGUACUUCUCAAGCCGAGGAAUACUACAACAAACUACAGAGCCCUGCUACCAGACAAGCAGCAUCGUUCCCUCUCCUCCAUUGCUAUGUUAUGGAAAGAGAUGUACAGAAGGCUGAAACCUUCAUGGCUCAGUUGCAGAGUCAUGGGUUGCCCGUUGAUCCUCACUCUUUCAAUGAAAUCAUGAAGCUCUAUGUUGCAACCUGUCAGUAUGAGAAGGUCCUUAGUGUAAUUGACCUCAUGAAACGGAACAACAUUCACAGAAAUGUUCUCUCCUACAACCUUUGGAUGAAUGCUUGUGCUGAAGUCUCUGGUGUUGACUCGGUACAAUCAGUGUUCCAGGUGAUGUUGAAUGAUGAGACGGUCAAGGUUGGUUGGAGCACAUACUGCACAUUAGCCAACAUUUUCAGGAAGAAUGGACUGAACAAUGAAGCGCAAGCGUGCCUUGUGAAAGCUGAAGCAAAAUUGUCACCUGCAGGGCGCUUAGGAUACUCUUUUGUAAUGACAUGUUAUGCGGCUCUGAAUGACAGCGAUGGAGUUAUGAGAAUGUGGGAGGCUAGCAAAAGUGUGCCAGGUAGAAUUCCCACUGCAUACUACAUGGCUGCUAUGUCAUGUUCAAUAAAAGUUGGCGACAUCAGCCAGGCCGAGUGUAUCUUUGGAAAGUGGGAAGCAGGGUGCAGGAAGCAUGAUGUGAGGGUUUCAAAUGUUCUUCUUGGUGCUUAUGUGAGGAAUAGGUGGAUUGAAAAGGCUGAGAGGCUCCACCUCCACAUGCUAGAGAAAGGAGCGUGUCCAAAUUACAAGACAUGGGAGAUAUUGAUGGAGGGCUAUGUUCAAAGCAGGCAAAUGGACAAAGCUGUGGGUUGCAUGAAGAAAGGUUUGUCUCUGUUGAAGAGUUGCCAUUGGAGACCUCCAGUUGAACUGAUGGAGGCCAUUGGCAAACAUUUCGAGGAGCAAGGAAGUGCUGACGAUGCAUAUCGAUAUAUUAAGGUUCUCCAGAGAUUUAACUUGACAAGCUUGCCCCUGUACAAGUCAUUGAUUCGAGCAUAUAUCAAUGCUGACGUUGUGCCACCAAAUGUCCUUGAGAUGAUUGCAAAAGAUCAGAUUGAUAUGGAUGAAGAAAUGGACCGGUUGAUCAUAAUCGCUGGCAAGAUAGACAUCACAUGCAAUGGAUAGUCUUCAACUGGAACAGGUAAUCACCAGUCAAAUGAUAAAUAUACUCAUUUGACUUUGUCAAUUAGAGAUGCAAAGUGAAGCAACAAGUUGAACCUGCAAAUUACUAGAUGCAAAAAAGGCACUCCUGGAUACCUUGUUUGGUGUUCAUGCAGUCCUGCUAAUAUGAACAACUCCAUCUUCUUGUGAAUCUUAAGUAUAUUUGGAAAAUGUGGAAAACACGAAAACCUGAACCAGCACAAGAAUGCUUACAACUUCUCAAGGAUCACCUGAACCUUUGGACUAUCAGAACUUCAUCGAACCUGAAUCAACAUUCCCCGGUCAUCACCUGUAAUUAGUGGCGUAACCAUUCUUAUGAUGCAAGCACAUAGCUUGCUUAUUUGUUCCUUAAAUCAUCACUAUUCACGAAAAGCUGGUUUGCAGCCACUAACAUCUCUUAUGAAUUGUUCUUGGAGAAUUAAUCACUGAUCAGCCCCAAAAUACUUGCUUCGGCAGUGGUUUUGAACACAGUGAACUGCCAAUUUUGGUUUCAUUCUCAGAAUUUCAG